GAUUAAAGAGGCCACGGCGGGCGGUUGCCUGGCGACCGUUGGCGUCGUGAGGGGACAGCCGUGAGGGGACAGCCGUGAGGGGCUGGGGGAGGCCGUGAGGGGCGCCGCCAUCGGGCCUCGGCUGCCGCUCCGCCCCGCCUGGGAAGAGUCCCCGUUUUGCCUCUCUUGAACCGAGGAACGCCUGUAGACAGGCACUGUGAAUUAAUGGUGACUCAAGAAGUGCCAGACCUAUCCACAUGUCUUGAAGAAAAACCUUCAUUAGGUGAAUCCAGCACGUCCAGUAAAGAAGUACUUAACACUAACGACAUGAAGAUGCCUGAAGUUUCUAAAGUCAUGACAAAAGCUGACAUCAAACCAAAAUCUGUGCAUCGUGCCAAGAUAUGGUCAAAUGAUGUAGAGAACUUAUACAGAUUUCAGCAAGCUGGAUACAGAGAUGAGGUGGAAUAUAAACAAGUAAAACAAGUUGAUGAGGUAGAGUGCUGGCCAGAAACUGGAUUUGUUAAGAAACUCCAGAGAAGGGACAAUACAUUCUAUUAUUACAAUAGGCAAAGAGAAUGCGAAGACAAAGAUGUCCGUAACGUGAAAGUUUAUGUGUAUUAGUGCUGUUACUGUUCUGGUUGGUUUGUUUCUAUAAAUUGUUUCUUAAGACCUGUAAGUAAAUGAACUGUGUAAUCUG